CCAGAUAGGAACUAUAGACAUGUGGUUAAACUUUAUCAGAAGUGGUAACUGCUAGUUACAAGUUGAUGCUUGAUAUAAGUGGCGGAACCAGGAGCCAAGACUCGACCCUCACAUACACAGAUUGGUAAGUAGGAAAAUCACCAUUAUCAACCUCAUAGUCACCAUCAAUGCCACCAUCAUUACUAUGGUAAUCUGUAGGUUACCUGUAGUCGCUUCCGGAGGUCAUUGCGCUCACGGACCGGUCCUAGAUCAGCCCUUUUGGUUAUUGGCCUGAUUGGUGGAGCUGUUGGUGCAGCCGCUCGCAGUUCAAUAUGUGCACCACAGCCCGGCUGAUCAGGGACUGUUUUUGAGGAAUUCAUCGAGUGUCCUCUUGAAGAUAGGUAAUCCCCUUUAUGGAAGGAAGAUGUUGAGUCGUGUUCUCUUUAUACUUAUUGAGUUUUCUCUCAGUGUAUUCAUUAGUCACUUAGGCUCUGGUAGUGCACUUCAGCACUUACCUGACGUUUAUAAUUAGCUACUUAGUGUAUAUCAUCACCAUCAUCAGCUCCUUCACCACUAUCAUCACAUUCAUCACUGUCACAACCACUAUCUAAUGCAUUAUCACCAUCACCGAGCCUCCCUUCACCUCCACCACCAUCAUUCCCUUCACCUCCACCACCAUCAUUCCCUUCACCUCCACCACUAUCAUUCCCUUCGCCACAUCCACCACACAGUCCCCUCCACCACUAAACAACUAGCCCCUCUCACAACAGUCCCCUCCACUACUGACAUUUUCCCACUACAAAUCGCACUGCUCGAACAAAAAAUACCAACUAUCCUAUCCACCGUCCCCUGCCUUCUGGCUCGUCGCAACCAGCCCUCUAACUCUCCCGCUGCUCCCUAUCCUCUCUCUCUCUCUCCCUCAUUCUACCCCACCUCUCCCCCACCUCCUCUUCCCGCCGCCUCUCCCCCACACACUCUCCGCGCACUCGCACACCCCUCAACCGGCACUGACGAGGCAUCUGGCUCGAGACUCACACUCACUCCUGCACCUCCAAGUUUCCUCUUCGAAUUGUUCCCUGUUCUCCCUCCUGCAGCGCCCCCUCGCCUCGUUCCGACUCUCAUCCGUGGUUUGUUGCUCCCGCCGGGGAAGUAACAGGAGGCGCAGACAGAGACAACAGGAAACAUUGUGGCGUAUAGUUACCUCAUGUCCCAGAACUUUAUAGUGCUAAAACAAACUUACUGUAGUGCAAAAUGUUUAACUGUAUCUCAGGGAGUCUCUGGCUCUAGUGCAGAAAGUGUACAAAACAUGUCUUUAAGAGUUAUGAUGCCUUGAAAAGCGGGUGUGUGGUGGAUAAGGGUGGUGGUGGUCGAGGAUGCUAGAGGGAGUCGGGAUGCCCCUGGUAUAUAGCACAGGCGGGGCAGCCGGACGCGAACAGAGACGCCCGAUGUGGACACAACAUGAGAAGGCUGUGUUGAGGCUUCUCAUGCGACAGUACGCUGGCGUCACAGAGUUCGACCCUCCCGAUGUCCACAAACACCCCAUCAGGAACGAAAUGUGGCGCCUCCUGACGGCCAGGUACAACGCUCACCCCCACGUCAGGUCCCGCGACACGAAGCAAUUGAGGAAGGCGUGGGAGAACCUCAAGUACCGCGCCCGUAAGUUGGGGUCCGAGAGUCACAGGAGUUCGAGGCAGCAGAAUAAUAGUGCUGAAUCUAGCUGGCCGCUAGAUGGGGUAACACUGCCUGGGCCUCCCUCACCACAACAUCACACAACACCCAUGCAAGGAGAGGCAGGGGAAGGGGGCGAGUGGCGAGAAUCUGAAGAAGAAUCCCACAGAAAUCUUGAUGACAUUGAAGAAGUCGAGAAGGGAGUCAAGGAAGAAGUGGACGACGAUGGUCUACAGUCUCAGGAAAGUCUGGAUCACAUGCCCGUUCUCGCUGAGCGGGGACCAGCCGUGCUAAACCUUCAUCCAUUAGUAUCCUCACUCCUAAGUGGAGGGUUGGGAUCAUUAACCACAACUCUUCCGUUUUUGGCAUCCCCUCAAGGAUCUCAGCUGCCAGCUGGACUACUACUACCGCACGCCGUCUCCUCGUUUACAACAGGGGACUCCGAGCUUUGUCAAACGAUUCUGAGGUCUUCCGUGGAUCCUGUCUCCAUUACCUCACCAACGACAGCUACCUCCGCCCCGACCACCACCGCUACUACCUCAGGCACAUGCAUCUCUACCUCAGGGGCCUCCGUCACUAUGAAUGGUGUUUCUCAGGAACUCUUUAAUACCUCUCCGAACACCACAUCCUCAGCAACCGCAGACAAGCAUACUCGAUCAGAUUCCCCGAUGGAGCCACCAUUGGUGCAGGACCGCCUCCAGCAUCGUCUAGCUGGGGUGGAGACGUCCAUUAGACACACAGAGGAGCAACAUCAGGCGCAGCUGCAGCUUCUGAGGCUGCAGAUGGCGCAGUCUGUGGCGGAACAUGAGGCCAAGAUGAGAGUCUUAGGAACGCAGUUGGAGUACUGGCAGAGACGUCUUCGAGUACAGCAGCGAGUCUCCAACGCGCUCUCAGUUAUCACCCAGAACGAUCCAGAUUUCGAAGACGAGCCGCCAGCUUGACCUUAUGUUACGUCUUCUAGUGAAUAUCCUCGAGAGUAGCAGAAUAUUUCAAUGCUGGUAGAAAGCUAGAAUGGUUGUGAAUAGCUAUCGCGAGUAACAGUAAAUAAAAAAAAUAUAUAUUAUUUAGUACCGGUAGGAAGAAUACGCAUUGAUCAAAUAUUUCAAGAAGCAAACUGGAAAUCACUCACUAGUAAUAUUAAUAAACAUUCCAGAUGUUUGUGUCAGUAGUGAAGCAUAUACUCUCAUAAUUGUGGUUACGGGGGGUCGAGUCCCAACUCCUGGCCCCGGUCUCAAGUUAAGAACAUGAAUGCGGCUCGUAGAGUGUUCAAGCUAAGGAAAAAAAGUAUUACAAAAUAGUCAUUAUUAAUUUACCUCAAGAAUGGUGUGUAUGAAAGUUCGGUGUGACAGAUGCUUGUUUGGAAAGCCUAGUGGAAGAGUAGCUGUGUGUGUGUGUGUGUGUGUGUGUGUGUGUGUGUGUGUGUGUGUGUGUGUGUGUGUGUGUGUGUGUGUGUGUGUGUGUGUGUGUGUGUGCUAGGCUGCUGCUCCCGGUGGUCAAUACCUGCUGCUGCUGCUACAAUUAUAUUUUGAUGCACUCACUCAGCUGAGUCCUUCCACAACUCAGCUUUAACACAUCAGCCAACUGGUACUGAAGGGCUCUCACAUGAGAGUUUUGGAAGCCGGAGGAUGUAUUGUGUUGACAUUGCAAUGUGCGCUACCUCUCGCUGAUUUUAACACACACACACACACACACACACACACACACACACACACACACACACACACACACACACACACACACACACACACACACCGAACACUACACAAACACAUUUAAAU